AUGGAAGAUUUUGAUACAAAAGGUUUUCAAUAUUGCAUGUCUGAAUCCUCUUCAUUUUAUGAAGAAAAGGUUUCAACGACUGUAUCACCGCUCGAAAAUGAAGAUCUGAAUAUGGACUGGCUUCAUGCAGACACAGACUUGGGUUUAGAUCUCGAGCUUACUGAAAACUUUUUCUCUUCAGACUUUUCUUCCAAAUCUUCCUUAGACUACAUCCCAGCAGACUCCACUCCUACAGCUUUAUGCUCGAUUUGCCAAAAAAACAUCGUAAAGCUUGAGGACCCUUCACAGAUCAGAAAAAAACGCAAGCGCAAUGACAACGCCCCAGUCCUUUCGUCUAUGACUGUAUGUGAAGAAUGUAGAAACCUAAACGUCGAAGACUUAAAAAACUACAAAAAUGCAUCAGAUAAAUCAAAAAGAGUCAUUAAAAGAGAGCAUGCAAAACGGAGGGCAAAUGAAAGUGAAGCAGUAAGGAAACUUAAAGAAGAACAAGAAAUGCUGGCUGAAAACAAAGACAUGCCAGAAAACGAGCGAAGAAAACUACAACAAAUGAUAAGAAACAGAAUUUCUGCACAACAAAGCAGGGACAGGAAAAAGGCCUUCGUCAGCCAAUUGGAGGAGGAAAAUAAGCUCCUAGCUGAACAAAAUAACAGCUUAAAAUACAGAUUAAAACAAAUUCAAGCUGAGAAUACGUACUUGAAAAAUCAGCUUGUUCAGAUACACAUGGGGAAAGACGAGCAGCCUUAUUUUUCAAAAGUUGCUAAAGGAGCUACCUUACUUCCCCAUUCCAUUAGAGAACAAAAAAAUUUAUAUAUAUAAAAUUUUAUAGUAAAUUAUUUUUUGAAAUUUAAAAAAAAUCGUUUUCAUAAAAAUUAAUUUGCAAGCUAUUCAAAAAUCCAGCAGAAUUAGCUUAUAUUAAAAGCAUUUUUGUUCUCGAGGGUGGUUUUUUACCCAAAAAAUAGGAAUUUUUCCAAUGGUUUUGUUUCGCUCACGGAGGGGAGAGUUAGCGCUUGCAACCGUCAUUUCUGUCAUGAUGGUCGUUAACACUAUCCAAGCAGACCAAAAUUCUACCACUUUGCCACCUGCAAGGCGUCUUAUCGAAAAUUUUGACCUAAAUGAAUAUAAAAACAACGAAGGUGUAAGUUUAGCACAAACCGCACAUAAAACUCUUGAGGAAAUCGGCAUCAAUUUAGAGCAGUUUUUGCCAGCUGAAAAAAAUGAGCCCAAAUUUUCGAACAAUUUACUAGAAAUAAGGAAAAACAGAAUUGAUAAGACCCACACUACACCACAUCUGCGAGCACUUGCAGGGCCGAAUGAUCCCUGCAUGAAAGCGAUGACACAAGAGAUCCAAAAAGGAGCAAUGACGAGUGUAUUUUGCCCAUCAGUGCAAGCAUAUUGGGAUGAUGUGCAGACGCAACCAAACUUAAACUACUUGCAAUUAAUGAUGCCAUUAGAAAGCAUGCCGAGCUUGGCACCAGCUUCAUUGGAUCCGUCACGCAAAUAUUUACUUGAAAUGGUUUGCAAAGUUUCUGAUGUCAAUGUUUUUCCUAUAUCUUAG